UGAGUGCCAAAUCCCUUCAAAACCCUUUAAGAGAAACCAUGCUGUGUAGAGCCCAUUGUGUCCCAGUGAAGCCUUGUGUGGGUGCAGGGCUGGGUGGAUGGCUGGGCAGGCAGAGAUGGGCUCAGAAGGAUUUGCUCUGAGAUGCGUGAGAUGUCAGCAAAUCCUUCAUGUGUGGUGCAGUCUUGUCCAGUUUGUCACCUCUGCGGUGCAUUACUGAGCUGUUGAUGCCUACCAACUCUGAAUGUGUUCCCUGGUGAGCAGGUCAUCUCUUCCAGGUUAGCACGUGGGGCUGCCGCAGUCUGUGCUCUGCUGCGGCUUGGAAAACAGCUCUGCCAGCUCAAGAGAGAUGCUCAGCUCAGAGAGCUGCCCAGCAUCGACUGGCCAGAAGGGACUGUUCCAACCAAAGCUCUCCUUCAGCCAUCAGUGUGGUUUUGGGACGCUGCGUUGCUUUCUCCCCAGGCAGACACUUGCUGUCUGUAGUUUGUAUUUUCACAUGGGGAGCAGCACAGAGAACGUGAGGAACUGGAUUGCGUUCGGUGUGCAAGUUAGAGGCUGAGUUUACAUCUUCACGUGGUAUUAGCCAGUUAAAUUCUGUCUGAAAGACAGCAGCACCAAGGCACAGUCAACUCAUGUUCUGAAGUUCUAGGAGGACCUUGCCAUCUGCCCAGGGAGCAGUGUCAUAUAAGUGUACUAGUCUCAGUGGAGAGUUUGCCUUCUUAGCUAAUACAAGUGGAAACAAUUAAGAUGCUUUUCAGCUAUUUUGGCACUGGUAGUCAUUUCUGUGAGAGCAUCAAUAACUCUGGAAGAAGUAAAUAAACUUCCUAUCCACUUGAUAGUCAUCUUGUGCAGUGGUUUGCUUGUUUCCUUUAAGUGUUUUCCUUUAAAAGAGUCUUUUGUUUUUGUCUCACUUUGGUUUCUACCUUUCAAUAUUACAAUCUUCAGUGUGAUACAAAUUGAUGACUACUCACAGUGUAACUGUUAAUUUAACAGAUGUUAUUUGUGGCUUUUGGGGGAAUGUUGACAAGUAGCUGUGCCCAGGGCUGUUUUUUUAUUAUUAUUUCUGUGUUGGGAAUUUGUGGCAAUGGCAAAUCUCAUUUGUGUAGAGAGAUUUGUUGGUGAUGGCAUCCCAGGAAGCCCUCGCUUGUAGUCGUGAAUCAGACCUGCUGAACAGCCUGAGAUUUGUUAGGUUUGUUUCUGCUCUGAGUGGAAAGGACAAGCAGUGUCUGUGUAGUGGAAAGGGUGAGCUAUGGAGAACUCUGCUAAAACAUCCUCCUGUGUUUUGGCUUUGUGCUGGCUCCAGGAUUUUAAAGCAGAACCUGGUUUGAGGAGCUUGUAGCAGAGCACAAAGGUGGGGUGAGCAUGAGUCUCAAAUGUUGAUCAAGGAUUGUGUUCAGGGGUCGGUGUUAGAUGAGCUGACCAAAUGUAGGAAUUAAAUUGUAUUUCAUAGAAUCAAUCAGGUUGGAAGAGACCUCCAAGCUCAUCCAGUCCAACCUAGCACCCAGCCCUAUCCAGUCAACUAGACCAUGGCACUAAGUGCCUCAGCCAGGCUUUUCUUGAUCACCUCCAGAGACGGCAACUCCACGACCUCCCUGGGCAGCCCAUUCCAAUGCCAGUCACUCUCUCUGUGAAGAACUUCCUCCUACUAUCUGGCCUAUAGCUUCUCCAACAGAACUUGAAACUGUGUCCCCUUGUUCUUUUGCUGGUUGCCUGGGAGAAGAGACCAGCCCCACCUGGCUGCGACAUCCCUUCAGGUAGCUGAGAGGCAGAGCUGGGCUGGAAAGGGAAAUUGUUAUACCUGCUGCUUUUAAGUUUGAGAUUGAUCUGAAAAGUACAGAUAUUGUCUCAAGUAACAAGUCCUAGGACAAAAGGAAGCGGCCACACAUUGCACCAGGGGAGGGUUAGAUUGAACCUUAGGAAAAAUGCCUUCCCCAGAGGCUUGUCAAGUCCUGGCACAGACUGCUCAGGGAAGUGAUGGAGCCACCAUCCCUGGAGGGUUUUAAAACCCAUGCAAAUGUGGUGCAGAGGGACAUGGUUUAGUGGUGACCUGUCAGUGCCAGGUUGGCCUUGAUCUUAAAGAUUCCUUCCAACCAAAUCUGAUUGUUUCUCUUUGGUUUUAAGACCAGGCAGAGGGAAUGCUGUCAGUAUUGGCAGCCUCCUCUGGAGGGGUUUAACUUCUUGGUUUAUAAUCUCGUGUAGCACUAUGUAUCAACAUCCACAGUGCAGCCUCUGUACCUCGUUGAGCUUUACUUUGGGGCUAGGAACGAAUGUCCAAGAAGAUUGGCUUUGCUGGAGUUGUAAUUUAGCUUUCUGAUAGGAAUUGUAAUAAAUAAGAGGGGAGGGGGAAAAGGAAGUUAAUUACACUCACAUUUUCUUGGAAGACAAGGCAUAUGCAGGAUAGGAGUGAUUUGCUGUGGCUGGUGGCUCUGCCUUUUCAGGAGUGUGGAGCAAUCUACUUGUUCCCACAGAGACUCAUAAUUAGCACUUGUGCUGCAGCGGGCUGAGCCCCUGGAGUUGUUAUAAGGGUGCUUUGUACUCUCUGCUUGCUUUUCUGAUGGAGAGCAUGCUGGAGGAGAAGGGAAAGAUGCUUUUCUUGCCUCUCAUAAUUUCUCCACUUAAGUUGCCAUCAGUAAGCAUAUGGCAACUUCUGCAGGCUGCCACAGGAUAAAUUGGUAUGGUUUUACACAAUGCUAGCUGUUCUGACAGUGGUGCCUCUACCUGUGCUGUCCACAGAAAGUAAGCAGCAGCUUCUAUCUCUUUGCACUGGCAGUUAAUUACUGCCUAGGUGGAAUGGGUAGAGCACAGCCACAGAUGCUUGCAAGAGAGUAGUAGUUGAUGCCAUAAUUCAUGAUGUUGUCUGCAGCAUGGUGGCUUGCCUGGGCACCCACUGAUCUGAAAGGCCAGAAUAACUUAACCUUGAGGCUCGUUGUGGUGCGGGAGGCAAGUGAUGUGGCUGGUGACAAAGAUCCUCACGUGCUAGUGCAGGAGAAUGCUCUUGCUGGAAACAAGUUGUGCCAGGGGAAGUUUAGGUGGGAUGCGAGGAAGAGUUUCUUGCCUGGAACAGGCUGUUGAGGGUGGUAGUGGAGUCCCCAUCCCUAGAGGGGUUUAAAAGACUUUGGAUAUGCUGAGGGACCUGGCCGUGCUGGGCCAGUGGUUGCACUUGAUGAUCUUAAAGAUCUUUUCCCACCUAACCCGUUCUGUGAAGCCAAAGUAAAGGCCGUUUGAGUGAUUUCACUUUCAAACCUUUGGGGUUUAUUCUCCUCAAAAGAUUGGGUUACUGCAUAGGUUGGUGACUUGCCUCUAGAGAUUGUUAACACCACCCUGAGACAUUAGUGGUAGUACUUCCCCAGCAAUUCUUGUUGGGCAGUUAGUCCACACCAUGUCUCCUGCACAUGCCUGUGAUGCUGUUUGUGCUGUUUGCCAAUCAAAUCCUACUGGAAAUGCUGAAGACUAACUCAGCAAUGCCAUGAAAGGUUCAGCCAUAUGUCUUCCCCAUGUGCUGAGAUGAUUCAUGUGGUACUUUCUGCAAGCCAUUGCCAAACAGGACUGGCAUUUCAGCUGCAACAACCUCCAAGUGAUGUGAAAACCUCUCAUGUUUUAAUGCAGCAUCUCCGCAGUAGAAGCAGGGUCAAACUGUCCUGUAGUGAUCCUCAGCCUUUGUGCACUCCAGCAGUAAGGGCUGAAUUGAAUUUGGGUGUCUUGUGCUACUGUGAUUAUGCUCUCCACUGCAUGAAUCCUGUUUUCCUGAGCUGCUGCUUCUACAGAGAGUAUGAAGCACGCUUGGAGCGGUACAGCGAGCGAAUAUGGACGUGCAAAAGCACAGGAAGCAGCCAGCUGACGCACAAAGAGGCUUGGGAGGAGGAGCAGGAAGUCGCUGAGCUCUUGAAGGAGGAGUUCCCCAUCUGGUAUGAGAAACUGGUACUGGAAAUAGUCCACCACAACACUGUAUCUUUGGAAAAGUUGGUGGAUGCUGCUUGGCUGGAGAUCAUGACCAAAUUUGCAGUGGGAGAGGAGUGUGACUUUGAGGUUGGUAAGGAGAAAAUGUUACCUGUUAAAGUUGUGAAGAUACAUCCUUUGGAGAAAGUUGAUGAAGAGGCCUCAGAAAAGAAAUCUGAUGGAGCCUGUGAUUCCCCAUCCAGUGACAAGGAGAACUCCAGCCAGGCAGCCCAGGACAACCAGAAGGAAGCUGUCCUGAAAGAAGAUGACAGCAGGAGGGAAAGUCUAAGUGAUAGAGCACGGAGAUCCCCUCGAAAGCUUCCCACUUCUUUGAAGAAGGAAGAAAGGAAGUGGGUUCCACCUAAAUUCCUGCCACACAUGUAUGAUGUUAAGCUAAAAAAUGAAGAUAAGAUCAUCAGCAACGUGCCAGCAGACAGCUUGGUCCGUACAGAGCGGCCUCCCAACAAGGAGAUCCUGAGGUACUUCAUCCGGCACAAUGCCCUGAGGGCUGGCACCUGUGAGAACGCCCCCUGGGUAGUGGAGGAUGAGUUAGUGAAGAAAUAUUCUCUCCCUAGUAAAUUUAGUGACUUCUUGCUUGACCCACACAAGUACAUGACUCUCAACCCUUCCACCAAGAGGAAGAUCUCUCAAUCGCCUGACAGAAAGCCUAAGAAAUCCAAACCUGAUGGAUCAUCUCUGGGCCAACCACUGAGCCCUACUCUGUGGUGCCAUGUGCAUUUGGAGAAAUCUAUUAUUGGCUCUCCUCUGAAGGUGAAAAACUCUAAGAAUUCAAAAUGUCCUAAAGAGGAGCUGGAAGAGGUGAUGAAAAUUGUGUCACCUGCCGAACUCGGUUCUAACUUUCACAUUCCAAAGAGGAGCCGACUGGGCAAGGGCAGCAACCAGUCCUUGGACAAAAAGCAGAGAGGCAAAAGGGUCCUGAAUGGGCAGAAGUCAUCAGGGAAAUCAAAAUCUCCUAGGAAAGGCUUGAAGACCCCAAAGAUGAAAAUGAAACAGAUGACACUUUUGGACAUGGCGAAAGGUGCCACUAAGGUGUCCAGGGCUCCCAGGAAUUCCGGAGGCACCCCUAGAUCCUCCAGCAAACCCCAGAAGCUGCCUCCUGCAGCACUCCAUCUCAUUGCCUACUACAAAGAAAACAAAGACCGGGAGGACAAGAAGAGUGCUCUGUCUUGCAUCAUCUCCAAAACUGCCAGGCUGCUAUCCAGUGAGGACCGUGCCAGGCUGCCCGAGGACCUGCGGGGCCUGGUGCAGAAGCGCUAUGAGCUCCUGGAGCACAGGAAGAAAUGGGCCACCAUGACUGAGGAGCAGAGAAAGGAGUACAUGAAGAAGAAGAGGGAGAAGCUGAAAGAGAAGCUAAAAGAGAGAGCAAAGGAGCGAAAGGAGAAGGAGAUGAAGGAAAAACUGGAAAAACAGAAAAGAUUUGAGGACCAAGAUCUUAAAGGGAAGGCCUUGCCUACUUUUAAACUGGUUGAUACUCCGGAAGGACUUCCUAACACGCUCUUUGGGGACGUGGCCAUGGUGGUGGAGUUCCUGAGCUGUUACUCAGGGCUGCUGAUGCCAGAUGCUCAGUAUCCCAUUACUGCAGUUUCCCUGAUGGAAGCACUUUGUGCAGAAAAGGGAGGCUUCCUUUAUUUGAACCGAGUGCUGGUCAUUCUCUUGCAGACCCUGCUGCAGGAUGAAAUAGCUGAAGAUUAUGCUGAGCUGGGAAUGAAGCUUUCUGAAAUACCACUGACUCUGCACUCAGCUUCUGAGCUGGUCCGUCUGUGCCUGCGGAAGUCAGAUGUGCAAGAAGAAAGUGAGGUCUCAGAUAAUGUAGAUGAAAGCAAGGACUCAGCAGCUUUUGAGGAUAAUGAAGUACAGGAUGAGUUUUUGGAGAAACUGGAGACAUCAGAGUUCUUUGAGUUGACUCCCGAGGAGAAGCUGAGGAUACUUGGAGCCCUGUGCCACCGGAUUCUCAUGACCUACUCGGUGCAGGACCACGUGGAGGCCAAGCAGCAGGCAUCAGCUGAGCUGUGGAAGGAGCGCUUAGCUGUCCUGAAGGAAGAAAAUGACAAGAAGAGAGCAGAAAAACAAAAGAGAAAAGAAAUGGUGGCCAAGAACAAGGAGAACGGGAAAGAUGAGAACACAAUGGGAAGAAAUGAGAAGAAGAAAGAGAUGAUGAAAUCAGAGCACAGAGCAGACGUAGAAGGUGAUGAUAUGAUCAGUGCUGUGAAGAGCAGGCGCCUUCUUGCCAUCCAAGCCAAGAAAGAGAGGGAGCAACAAGAAAUAGAAAUGAGAGUGAGGAUGGAGAAAGAAGCAGAGGAAGAAAGAAUCCGGAAGCAUAAAGCUGCAGCUGAGAAGACUUUCCAGGAUGGCAUUGCCAAAGCGAAGCUGGUGAUGCGCAGGACUCCUGUCGGCACUGACCGGAACCAUAACAGGUACUGGCUGUUUUCAGAUGAGGUUCCUGGCUUGUUCAUUGAGAAAGGCUGGGUCCAUGACAGUAUAGACUACAGGUUCACCCUUCCCCGUCAGAAAAAGGAAGAUUUUAAAAAGGACUGCAGCCCAGGAGACAAGCGGAGGAGUGCAGUCUCUGACGGCCGAGUGAGCAAGCACCAGCGGCCUGUGCAUGCUGUGGACCUGCCUGCAGAGACCACUGCCCCCAAGCAGGGACAGAACUUAUGGUUUCUCUGUGACAGUCAAAAGGAUUUGGAUGAGCUCUUGGAUUGCCUGCACCCACAAGGAGUGAGAGAGAGCCAGCUGAAGGAGCGCCUGGAGAAGAAGUAUCAGGACAUCACCCACUCUAUCCAUUUGGCACGGAAACAGAACCUGGGCCUGAAAUCCUGUGAUGGCAACCAGGAACUGCUGAACUACCUCCGAAGUGAUCUAAUAGAAGUUGCAACUCGGCUGCAAAAGGGAGGCCUGGGUUAUGUUGAUGUGACACCAGAGUAUGAAGCAAGAGUGUACUCACUAGAGAGCUUGAAGGAUUUUGGAGAGUGUGUGAUUGCACUCCAGGCUGGUGUGGUUAAGAAAUUUCUGCAAGGUUUCAUGGCUCCCAAGCAGAAGAGAAGGAAACAUCAAGGAGAGGAUUACAUUGCCAAGGCUGAGGAGAUAGAUGAAGACAAGAAAAUGGCAGAAGAAGCUAAGGUCUGUCUGCAGGUUGCUUCAGCCACGGAGAAGUGGAAGACAGCAAUCCGUGAGGCCCAGACCUUCUCCCGUAUGCACGUGCUGCUGGGCAUGCUGGAUGCCUGUAUCAAGUGGGAUAUGUCUGCAGAGAAUGCCAGGUGCAAAGUGUGUCGCAAGAAAGGUGAGGAUGACAAGCUGAUCCUGUGUGAUGAGUGUAACAAAGCCUUCCACCUGUUCUGCCUGAGGCCGGCGCUCUAUGAGAUACCGGACGGUGAAUGGCAGUGCCCGGCGUGCCAGCCUUCCACUGCCAGGCGCAGCUCGCGAGGCAGGAGCUAUGCAGAGGAUUCUGCUGAAGAUGAAGGUGAAGAAGGCGAGGAAGCUUCUGAUGAACCAGAUGCUGAAGAGGAAGAGGAGGAAGAAGAAGACUAUGAAGUUGCUGGACUGAAAUUGAGACCCAGGAGAGCAGCCCGGGGCAAGCAGAGCACAGCCAUGUACUCCUCAAGGCAGGGAAGGCACCAAAGGAAGAAGGAGUCGCUGCACUCAGCCAGGGGACCCCGGCAGAGGGCCGCACCUGUCAACGGCGCAGACAUCGAUGAGCUGGUGCUUCAAACAAGGAAGAUGACACGGCGCCAGAACCUCGAGCUGCAGAAGUGUGAGGAAAUCCUCUGCAAGCUGAUCAAAUACCGCUUUAGCUGGCCCUUCAGGGAGCCAGUGACCACGGAGGAAGCUGAAGAUUACUUUGAGGUCAUCAGCAACCCUAUGGACUUCCAGACUAUGCAGGGCAAGUGCUCUUGUGGCGAUUACCGCUCGGUGCAGGAGUUCCUCUCCGACAUGAAGCAGGUGUUCUCCAACGCUGAGCGCUACAACCAGAACGGGAGUCACGUACUGGCCUGCCUGGAGAAGACAGAACAGUGUUUGAUUGACAUGGUGCACAAACAUCUGCCUGGCCACACGUAUGCGCGCAGGAAACGCAAGAACCUCUCUGCCAGGUGCCAGGAACUGGAGGAGCAAGAAGGGGACAGUGAGUCGGAGCCCACUGAACAUUCCCGAGGGCGGAAAAGGAAGAAAUGAGGGUUGGGGAGACUAGGGGGAGAGUCAGAGCUGGAGCAGGCCUUCUGGUGCUGCUGGGCAGCAGGAUGGGUUCUCUGGAGGGAGCUGGGAAGCAGCAGGCACUUCUUUAUUAAUCCAGCCUUCCCUUUGGCCCGUCCUCAUUUCCAUUUUCCUGCAGUUUCCUCAAGUAUUUGGUCAUCCACUGAGCGAGCAGAGAUGACUUUUUACUGCUUCCUGCAAAACCAACAAAGCUCUUCACAAGUCUGUCCUGCUAGGAGGGGAAGGUGGAGGAGGGCAAAGGGAGGGCCUGGCCAAAGCCUGGCUGGGCAGAGGGGGGCAUGAAGCCUACUCCAGCUUGGGUGCUGUCAGAUGAGCCAUUUCCUCCCCUCUGUGAGCAGCCGGCAGCGGAGCACGGCAGGACCUCGACUAUCCAUGGCCUGCGACAUGAAACCAGCCCGGAGCUGGGGCAGGGAGGGAUCAAAUUGCUUCACGGAAGGACUGGGUGCAUCAGGCCAAUGGGCUGCUAGUUCCUGUAUGUAUAUAUUUAUAUGGUGUUAAUUUAGAGCCCCCACUGAAGGGCUGCAUAGGACGAGCAAGCACUUACAUGUAUGGAGUUGCAGCUUUCACCAGCAUCCUAACACAACUGGCUUCCAGGUGCUCUUGCUUUCCCCCUCUCUCUUCUGGAGGGGAGCGAGCUCUGGAGCUUUGUGCUCUCAAGGGGGUUCUUCUGAGCUCAGCUCUUCACCCAUACUCAGCGGAGGCAGAUGGCUUCCCUGCUCACCUUGAACAGCACACGGUCAGGCAGCCCUUUGGGAUGAACCAAGUGCCAGAAGCAUACUGGAGAGCGUGGGGGUUUGUACCCAGCCCCUAGGGAGGGAGCUGCAGGGCAAGGGGAGCAGCAGAAACUCGUGUGUAACUUUUUAAAUUAAUUUUCUAGUUAAAGUGGCUUGUUUCUAGCUGUCAUCUUGUACAAAGAACACCUGUAAGAUAACUGUUGUCUGGCUUCGGCACAUGUACAGUUUAUAUGAAACCGUCUUGGCUUUAUUUUCCCCCCCCCCCCCAACUCUUUACAACUCAUUUCCCUACCAGUAGCUGGAGUCACACUGGGGCACUUGUUGGCAGGGGUCUCCCAGUCCCUCUCUGGGCAUGCUCUUACCAUGUUUUAUAGUGACACCUCCCCUAGCUCACCUCCUUCAUGCUCCCCCAGCACAGCCAGGAUGGUCCCGCACCGCCUGACCAGCCCUGCCCUCCUGGGUCCUUCCACCCAAGGUGUGGACUUUUUCCCUUAGCAAAGGGGGUGGUUUUUUUCAGCACCUCUCCUCCUCCUCUGCCAUGCCAGGUUUUGACCAUGCAAUCAGGGCUUGAAUUUUUUUAUGAUGAUAGAAGUUAUCAAAUUGGAACAAACCAGCCACAGGGCUGCUCUCUGCUGGUUUUGUAACAGAGAAGCAGAAGCAGCCGUGGCAGCUCCUGUGAUGUGAGAAGAAAAGCACCCUCAAGUCAGACUUGCAGCCUAGUUUGGGUGAACUUUUCUAUGUUUUGUUUUUUUUUUUGUUUUAACAGGUAUUUGUUUUCAGUUCUGGACUGUCCAUGCCUGCAGAGACUUAAGCAGGUUUCCAGCCACUUCCCCUCUCCCCAGCCUCAGCUCCCUGCCCCACAGAAUAGCACUGACGUUUGUAUUUCGCACGUCCCCCUCCCUCCAGAGGCUUUGUUUUGUCCUGUUCAUAGAGAACACUUUUCUGCAGGUCCCACAAGGUGAAACCUUUGGAACUGUUUGUUUGUUUGGUUUUUUUUUUUUAAGAUAAAUGUCAUGUGGGGGGAGGGGGUUUCUGCUAAGGGCUGUACUUGUAAUAAAUUGGAAACUUCAAAAUAAACAUUAUGUACUUGUGUUUGUAA